AUGAAAGUUGUGAUGAAUAAGCUCAAUAGGCUGGAGUUAAUCGAAGAUCAUAUAAAGAAUGUAGAGGAUGGUUUUAAUGAUUUAAAAAACUCGAUUGACUUCGCACACGCUGAAGUAGUCGAUUUAAAGGAAGACAACAAAGUUCAGAAGAUAAAAGGCGAAGAAAUCCGCGCAAGAAUAGAAAAAUUGGAGCAAGAAAAUACCGCAUUAAACAAUAGCGUUAUUGACCUCAAAGCAAGGUCAAUGCGUGACAAUCUUAUAUUUUAUAACAUUGAAGAAACAGAAAGAGAAAAUACCACUGAAAAAGUCCACGGAUUAUUAGAAGAAAAGAUGGGAUUCAAGGAUGCAGCUACGAAGAUUAAAAUUGACCGCUCGCACAGAAUAGGAAGAGCAAGAAGAGAUGGAAAACCACGACCUAUCGUGGUUAAAUUUAACUGGCAUCAAGACAAGGAGCAGAUUAGAUUUAAUGCAAAAAAACUCGCGGGAAGUAAUAUCGGAGUUUCGGAGCAGUAUCCAGAGGAGAUUAAUGCUAUAAGGAAAAAAUUGUACCUUGUGUACAAGGAAGCAAGGAGGAAUAAGAAGAAAGCGACACUGGUUCGUGACAGAUUAUUUAUCGAUGGCAAGGAAAUUAAACUAUGA